AUUUUAUUUCGGGAGGCUUUUAACGCGUCGUAUAACCAUAAUAAUCAUAAUAACAAACGAUAAUUACCCAAACGUAUAAAAUAGAAGACGAAUGUUUAUAGCGCGCCGUCAAGCAACAACACAACUAACACAGAUACUACCCCUGGCUAACAAAAAACAAAAAAAAAAGAACUAAACUGCAAAAGUUUUCAAAGUGUUUUCGGUGUUUGGCCUCGUGAAAGUUUCCGCGUUUGCGUUUAACAAAUUACGCCAACAAUUAUGGCCAGCACGAACGUGAAAAUCAUCGAAUCGAAACUCGAUCUCUUCCAAGCCCCCAAAAGCUAUGCACUCGCUCAUGCCGUUGAGUCAUCUUUCAGUGCAGUCCGAGGAACACUUGCUUGGCAGUUUGCUCUCAUCUUUGGGGAUGUGGAUGAGCUGCGUCGGCGGCGGGUGAGCAGCGGCAAUUGCGUUGUGCUGGAGCACAAUGCACGAUUUGUUUACUAUCUGGUGACCAAGUCGAAUCUCUAUGCUGCGAGCACUUACGACGAUGUCCAAGCGGCACUAAUUUGCCUCCGGGAGCAUAUGCGCAAUCAUGAAAUCACCAAAGUGGCCAUGCCACGAAUCUGCUGUGGCAACCAUGACAACGAUGGCCUCGAUUGGAAGCAAGUGAAGCGCAUUAUGCAGCAGAUCUUUGCACACAGCGAGUAUCCCAUCGAGAUACUGGUCUGUGAGCAUGACGACAUCUCCAAAGAGCUCAUUUCCCCCAAGUGUCAGAUUACCGAGGCCAAGGGAAAUUUGUUUAGCGCACCGGAAAACUUUGCGCUCGUGCAUUCGGUUAGCGCUGACUUUGCCAUGUGUGCCGGCAUCAAUUUGCAGUUCCGCUGCAAGUUUGGCCAUGUGGAUGACCUGAAGAAACAGCAAAAGCACACCGGAAAUGUCGCUGUACUCGAGCAAGGCGGACGCUUCAUCUACAAUCUGGUGACCAAGGAGCGAGCGCAUGAGAAGUGCACCUACACAGCACUUUACUAUGCGCUGCUGGCCAUGCGUGAGCAUAUGCGUGAGAAUGGAGUCAGCAAGUUGGCCAUACCACGUCUCGGUUGCGGCAUCGAUCGUCUGGAUUGGCUGCGUGUUCGCAGCUUGUUGGAGUUGGUCUUUGUCAGCGACAGCGUCGAUAUCAUUGCCUUCUUUUAUGAGCCGCCCAGCAUGGAUCGGGAUACCAUCAAGGUGAUGUGUCCCACGUGUCAUCACAUGAAACUGAUGCACUUGCCGCGCAGCGUUAGCUCUUCCCGCUCCUCGCUCUACAGAGAGAAGACGCCCUUCUAAGCG